CACCCACCCCACCCCCCCAACAACCAACCUGGCAGGCAACAAGCGUCGCAGUCUCUCCUCUCAAGGAGGCCUGCUGAAUAGGAUGUUCGGCGGCGGUUCCAGCUCCGCCGCCUCCAAGUCCGUGAGCGGGUCGGCUUCAGAUUCGGGCAGCAGUGGAAAGGACAGGUCGAGCAGCAAGUCGCCCUCCCCCGAGAAGGAGGCGCCGGGCAAUGGAGGCGCGUCUCCCAAAUCCAUCAAGUCCACCGACCAGUCUACCGCCGGCGACACUCAAACCGGCAACGGGAGUCCACCGAGCGCUGGUAGCUCGUCCGAUAGCAAGAAGAAGCGGAGCAGUGGGGUGAGCGGUAGAGCCAGCAGCCUGAUUGCCCAAGCCAAAAAUACUCUGUUUACUCAAGUUGCGAACCGUAACAGCGGUGAUAUGAGUACUGACUCCAAGAACUCUAAUCAGACUUCCUUGCAAAAGCUCGGCAAGCAAGAUCAGGCCCUUGCUGUUCCUCAAGGCCAGCACAACAAUGCCGCUGGUGAAUCACUCCCCGGGCCGCGCUCCACGUUCAAGGUUGGUGUCUGGGAGGACCGCAACAAGAAGUGCAGACGUACUAUGGAAGACACACAUGCUUUCCUCUACAACUUUCUCCAUACUCCUGCCCCUGUUUUGGGCGCCGAGGGCUCGGCUCAGAAGCAAUCAAAAUCGGCGAACGAAUCACAUGAGAAGCGCAGUAGUAGUUCCGCCAGUCAGAAUGCAGACAUGAUCGAGACGGACAAUGGCUACUUUGCUAUUUUCGAUGGCCAUGCCGGCACCUUUGCUGCUGACUGGUGCGGCAAGAAGCUCCACAUAAUCCUUGAGGAUAUCAUCAAGAAGAACCCGAAUGCUCCUAUACCGGAACUCCUUGAUCAAACGUUUACCACUGUGGACACCGAGCUAGAAGCGCUUCCGCUCAAGAAUAGUGGCUGCACGGCUGCCGUUGCGGUUCUGCGCUGGGAGGACCGAGUUCCGAGUAACCAGUCGGCGACCGGCUCUCAAGCUAUCGCCCCCGCGGUUGUCAAGGCCACUGAGGAUGCUCUUAAGGUGGAGGAUGGGCAGUCCGAGAAAAGCCUCAACUCUUCAAUCCCGGAAGCUACACACGCCAAGUUGAAGAAUUCUGCCACAAGACAGAGGGUGCUCUAUACAGCCAAUGUGGGAGAUGCUCGCAUCGUCUUGUGUCGCUCUGGCAAGGCGUUGCGCCUGUCAUAUGACCACAAAGGCAGCGAUGAAAAUGAGGGCAAGCGUAUAGCAAACGCUGGAGGUCUGAUCCUGAACAACCGCGUAAACGGAGUCCUUGCUGUCACCAGAGCUCUUGGCGAUACUUAUAUCAAAGACCUCGUCACUGGUCAUCCUUACACCACGGAGACGGUUAUCCAACCGGAUUGGGACGAGUUCAUGAUUAUUGCUUGCGAUGGGCUUUGGGACGUUUGCUCGGAUCAGGAAGCAGUCGACCUUGUGCGCGAUAUCCAGGAACCGGUGAUUGCGGCCAAGAAACUGGUCGAUCAUGCUCUGUCUCGUUUCAGCACCGAUAACCUCUCAUGUAUGAUUGUCCGGUUCGACAAACAAGCCCUGCUUGAGAACCAGAACAACAAAGACAGUGCCAUUGGCGUCGAGGGCGAUGCGACUACGGCUGCGGGCACGGUUACCGAGUCGGAGAAGAUUGUCACGGCAACUAAGCAGAAGAUUGCGGAGGGUAGCACACCGGCGGUUGGGAUAUCUGCGAGCAACUUUGGUCGCGGUCACGACCCCACACCCCUCGAGGACGGAGAGAAGAAGCCAUUUGUCCCUACUACCAUCGAAGGUUCUGUGGAAGAAGAGCCAGUUGUCCCCAGUGACUCUCCAGAGGCGACCUCGGACGGUUCCGUGACGGCAAUGAAGUUAGAUUCGGUGCCUGAAGCGAAGAAGUCUUUGGACGCGUAGUGUCUUUGACUACUAGCUGCAGGUCAUGGCCGCAAGCUAGGAUAUCGGGGCCUAUAUCACGUCUGAUGCGAUUGCUUCCUCAUCUUGGCAUUUCUUGGAGUCGGCGGGUAGCCACCACAAACUUUGGGGAGGAAUUGGAGUGAAGAGCUGGCCUUCAUGCUGUAUUUCGACAUCCGAGGACACGGUGACAUAUAAGAUAGGGAUCUAUGUUGGGAGGGGAAGCAGGAGUAUGGGGGUCGUCUUCAUCAAGCCAGUCAUUUCGAGUUGUUUGUGCUAUGCUAAGAGAAUACUUUUCUCAUCUCUACUUUUUUGUCACCACCCAUUUCUAUGGUGCAUUUGAUGUAUCUUUGCUGUCAUCAGUUGCCCAUUUUUCGUCCU